AUGGUUCGCGAACCUGGUUAUUCUGUGGAGCCUCAAUGGCACUCUCAGCGACGAAAGAUCAGAGUGAUCUGCGUUGGCGCCGGCGCGGCGGGUUUGUUGGUGGCAUACAAGCUGAAAAAGAGCUUCAAGGAUUAUGAACUGGUCUGCUACGAGAAAAAUCCGGGCGUCGGUGGAACGUGGUUUGAGAAUCGAUAUCCCGGGUGCGCUUGUGAUAUUCCUGCGCACUCGUACACAUAUUCAUUUGAGCCGAAUCCGAACUGGUCGACGUUCUAUGCAUACGCCCCCGAGAUCAAAAAGUACUUCGAGGACUUUGCAACCAAAUACGAACUCCACCCGUUCAUCAAGCUCAACUCCCGAGUUCAGUCGGCGUCCUGGGUAGAAGAGAAAGGCAUUUACGAGGUCGAAGCUGAUGUAGAAGGCCAAAAGGUCGACGACUGGUGCCACGUCUUCAUCAAUGGGACUGGAUUCCUCAACGACUGGAAAUGGCCCAAGAUCGAGGGAUUGCGUGAUUUUCAGGGCACGCUGCUCCACAGCGCAGACUGGGAUACUUCGGUUGACUACGCGGAUAAGAAGGUGGCGGUGAUCGGGACAGGGUCAUCGGCGAUUCAGAUUAUUCCGCAGGUACAAAAGAAGGCCAAAAAGGUAACAGCGUUCAUGCGAUCGGUGACGUGGAUCUCGCCGGCUGUUGGAGGCAACAUCCUAGAGGAAGACAAGAAGCACUCGCCAGACGAGUCCCAAAAGGAGAAUUCGCAGGCGCAAUAUUGGUAUACCGAAGAGGAGAAGAGGACUUUCCGCGAAGAUCGGCAAGCACUGUUCGAUUACCGAUACAAGCUCGAGUCGGAAUUCAAUGCUCGAUUCGACCUCUUUAUCGCAGGGUCGGAGACGUCGAAAAUGGCAGAAAAAUUCAUUCGGGACGAAAUGAAUCGUCGCAUCGGACCUGGCCAUGAGGAGCUAAAGGAGAAACUGAUUCCUAAAUGGGCGCCCGGCUGCCGAAGAUUGACACCGGGUGACGGUUACCUGGAAGCGCUUGUCAAAGAUAAUGUCGAGCCAGUCCACAAUGAGAUCACGAAGAUUACGUCGACCGGACUUGUUGAUGACACCGGCAGGCUCCACGAGGUCGACAUUCUCGUCUGUGCCACAGGUUUCAAUCUCGCCUUCGCGCCGCGUUUCAAGGUGCUAGGGGUUGGUGGGGUCAACAUGGCAGACGAGUUCAACCCCGAACCCCAUGUUUAUCUGGCCGUCACAGUGCCCAAAUUCCCCAACUAUUUCGUGAUCAACGGCGUCCGCGGCAACUGGGCGAAUGGGUCCGCUCUUCCUUCGCAUGAGGUGCAGGUCGAGUACAUAUUGCAAUGUGUUAAGCGGAUGCAAGAGGAGGGAAUUCGAGCAUUGGAAGUAAAGAUGGAGCCGGUAAAGCAGCUGUACGAGCAUAUCGACGCAUGGCACCUUGGCAGCGUCUGGAACCUUGACUGCAAGAGCUGGUACAAGAAUAACAUUCCGGGUGGGAAGUUAUGGAUUUGGGCAGGCUCGAACCUCCACUACAUGAAGACCAUGAAGGUUGUCCGCUGGGAGCACUAUAACUUCCGAUACUUCAACAGCAAUAUGUGGUCAUUCCUGGGGAAUGGUCGCGUCGAAGCUGAGAUCAUGAAGGACAGUUCGAGGCUAGCACCAUACACCAGGCAGGAGGACGUACCUUGGACGAUCGAUUAG